GUUGCCUGGGCUGCAGACAAGAGAUGGAAAGAAAGGUUCUACGGGUCUGUGUUGCUGUGGGUUUUCUAGGAGUCCUAGCAGCUGCUUUGGGUUUUGCAGCAGAGGGUACAAGAAUCAAGAGGCUUCAUAUCAAAGAUCGAAUUUGAUGAAUGAAAGGAAGAAAUGAAUUGAAGUCAUCAAGUGAAGAGUGUCAACAGUUGGUACAAUACUUGAAGAAGGGUUCUCAGGUUCAUUAUACUCCUCCAGAUACAUGUACAUACCCGAGGAGUCCAGCCUUAGGUCUCGGAUUGGGGGCAGCGGUAGCUCUAAUGAUUGCUCAAGUAAUUAUUAAUGUUGCAGCAGGGUGCAUUUGCUGCAAAAGAAACUCACAGUAUUCAAAUUCUAAUUGGACAUUGUCUCUGGUCUACUUUGUUGUUUCCUGGUUCACGUUUGUCAUAGCAUUUCUCUUGUUACUGACGGGUGCUGCACUCAAUGAUCAGCAUGGUGAAGAGAGCAUGUACUUUGGCAACUACUGCUAUGUGGUAAAACCAGGGGUAUUUGCAGGAGGUGCCGUCCUGUCCCUUUCAAGUAUUACGCUUGGAAUCCUUUAUUAUCUCACAUUAUCAUCAGCUGAGAACAGGAUGCAAUGGGGUGCUACUCCAUACCCUAAUCAAGGAGGCAUUGCAAUGGGACCACCUCCGAGCAGUCAACCACCAGUUUUCGUGCCUGAAGAUACAUAUACAAGGCGGCAAUUUCCUUGAGUUGCUGUGUAUAAUUUUUCUGAUUAUCCCUGAAAAAUCCUAAUCGCAAGCUCCUAGUCAUGGCUCAUCCUACAGUGAUAUCUAGAUCUAUAUCUUCACAGAUAUUCACUCCGAGCUUUUUGCUACCUGGACCACAAAAAUCAUCUGUUUUAUUUUGUUGUAGGGUACAAAGGUGCAAGAAAUUCUGGUGUGCUCGUAGAUGAGAUGGUGCUGGCUCAGUUGGGUGGAUAAUGUAGAGAUGCAGGAAAAACAUCAUGGGCAGGCUUUCUUUCUGAAAAUUCUCUCCAUUGUUUCUUUUCGUUUUAGCUUUCUUGUAAUUUCCAUCUCCUUACUCAACAUACACCUUAUAAAAUGCUUAAUAAUAUGAGCUUCAUCUUUUCCAAAA